AUGUUUGCAUCUAUGAUUUUUAAAAUAGAACUAUUCUUUUAAGGAACUGAUAAUUAAGAUUAGUUAGUUAAGAUUGCAAAAGUAUUAGGAAUAGAAGAUUUAUAUAAAUAUAUUAAGAAAUAUGAUUUGAUAUUAGAUUCUGUAUAUAAUAAAAUAUUAGGAAAAUAUCCGAAAAAGACUUGGAAUAAAUUCAUAAAUGAAGAAAACAAAAUUCUUUGCAAUGAAUUAGCUAUUGACUUAUUAUCUAAAAUGCUUAUUUAUGAUCAUGCUUAAAGAAAAACACCAAAAGAUGCAAUGGAGCAUUCUUAUUUUGAUAUGGUUAGGGAAAAUAAUUAUUAAAAAUGA